CUCCCUUGAUGAUAGUGGAACAAUCUUCUGGCCGGUUACCAUUACCUUCUGACCUCUAUAGAUCAAGUCGAAGUCACAGUCUGAUAUUCGCUUACAUGUACACAGUAUCUUUGAGAGUAUAUGUGAAAGAGAGUGUGUGAGAAAGAAAGUUUAUAGAAAAUGUGACGGAUAUUAAAAGAAAGAGAUGGAGAAUGUGUCUACCAUGACCAGACACUAUCAGCAGUGCUAAUCUUUCACAUAACAGGGCUGAAAUAGUAUAGUACUUGUGCACCGUCAAGCCAUCAGUGUUAGUCUUGGCUGAACCUGUAUAGUGACUGGUCUAUUCUACCCUCUCAACAUCAUCUCUUCGUCACUGCCUCUGUUACCAGAUUCCAAUUACGAUAAAUCUGGAAAAAAAAAUAAUGGAAGAAAUUAAAGAUUGAGUGAACAACAGACCACAUCAGUAAACGAAGGGGAGUGGUUUCUGUAAGAACAACGCACACUCGUGACGUUAAUUAUCAACAAUAAUAUACACUAAGGAAUAAUAAUCCUAGCUACUCGAGGAACCAUAACAAUGUUUCGCUCCUCACUUCACAUCUGGCGUCGUCGUCUACCAUGCUGGCUAGCGACUGGCAGACUUACACCAGGCACUACGAAGGCGGCACACACACUAAGGCGGGAAGGAGACGAUUUAUUGUCCGAGUGGGAGACCCCGACACCCGUUCAACACAAUCUGGGUCCUCUUGUACUGCAGUCUGCCUCCCGCUGGUCUCACCACACUGCCCUAGAGUGUGGGGUGACGGGUGAGAAAGUGACCUACGCCUCACUGCAGGACUCAGCACUACGGUGGGGCGGGGCACUGCAGAGGGCUGGGGUGGGACGGGGCCAGGUGGUUGCCCUCAUGAUGCUAAACUCUCCAAACUUUGCCAUCGCCUUCUUGGGUUCCAAGUUAUCCGGGGCCAUUGUUUCCCCAAUGAACCCGACCUUCACACCUGGAGAAGUCUCACGGCAGAUCAGUGAUAGUGGAGCAAAGGUACUGGUGGUAGACAGUAUCCUAGAGAGCGUGGCAGCAGCGGGCAUAGCGGACCUCCAGACCCCGCCUCAACUAUACGUGGUCGGGAACUCCAAAGAUGCUCGACCAGACUUCCUUCAGAUCAUCCGUGAUACCAAUACACCUUUUGCUGACGUUACCCACGCAGAAGAGGAGGAAGGAACGAGUGUGUUGAUGUACUCGAGCGGCACCAGCGGACCGCCAAAGGGAGCACCCAUCUCUAGCACCGCCCUCAGGGCUAACCUACCAGCCGUCUUCCAUCCUGAAGUGUUUCCCUACGCCCCUACCACAGCUGAGACACAGGAGACAGUGAUGGGGCUGAUGCCAUUCUUCCACGCAUAUGGUGUGUACGUUGUCCUCUGCAUGAGUAUGAUGGUGGGCGCCAAGGUGGUCACCCUGCCACAGUUUUUGCCAGACGUCUUCAUCGCCACCAUCACUAAACACAAGAUAGGUGUGCUGCACUUGGUACCUCCUCUGCUACAAUUCCUGGUGGGUCAUCCGCUUGUCACCCCCGCCCAUCUGGCCUCAGUGCGUUUGGCCAUGUGCACCUCCGCCCCCUGCUCACCCCACACCGCUCACGCCCUCAAAGAGAAGGCGCCCAACCCUGUGUUCUUUCAAGAAGCAUAUGGCAUGACAGAAACAAUGCCAACCCACUACACCCCACUGGAUCAGGAGAAAAUUGGAUCGUGUGGGACCCUACUGGCUGGGGUAAAAGCUAGGGUGAUGGACCCAACCUCAGGCUUACCCUUACCAUCAGACCAACCAGGCGAGCUGUGGAUAAAGUCCUCCGGGAUCAUCACUGGGUACCACAACAACCUGGAGGCAACACAGGAGACGAUCACACAAGAUGGCUGGCUGAAAACUGGCGAUGUGGCCAAAUACGAUGAUGAAGGCUUCUUCUACAUUGUCGACAGGAUCAAGGAACUCAUCAAGGUCAAAGGUCAUCAGGUGUCACCCGCUGAGUUGGAGGACGAGUUGCUGCAGCAUCAGGGUGUUGCAGAAGCCGGAGUGGUAGGCGUGAGUGACACCCGGGCAGGAGAGGUGCCAAGGGCUUAUGUCGUGAAGAAGGACCCCAACCUGACGGAGGAGGAUCUGGUGACCUUCUUGGCGGGCCGCCUCGCCCCCCACAAGCACCUGGCUGGUGGCGUCCACUUCAUUGACCAGCUGCCCAAGAAUGUCACUGGCAAGAUCCUCCGCCGCGAACUGAAGAACCUGGCAGCUGUCAGUGAUUAGCACCCUCCAUAGGGCGUGUAGGACCUGGCAGCUAUCAGUGAUUAGCACCUUCCGUGGGGCGUGUAGGACCUGGCAGCUGUCAGUGACUAGCACCCUCCACAGGGCGUGUAGGACCAAAUUUUUGGAAACAAAUUAAGAACUUGAUGUAUUGCAUAUAUUGACUCGGUAAAAAAUUUCAAAAAAAUAUUUAUACAAGACACAAUGUUUAAUAAUAAAAGAGUAAAGCUAUUGAUAUAUUGAAACAUAUAUUAGCUUUUUCUAAAAUAAAGUACAGUACAGUACUGAAGCAGUAGCGGAUUCCAACAAGUACAGUACAGUAUACCAAUAAAGUAUUCUAGAGAGAUUCACUCACUGGUACACAUUCACAGCUAUGUGAACUGUAGGUAGCCCAGGCACACAAUGGCUAACAGGAGACAAGUGCUGUAUCCAUUAAGCUGAAAGUAAAGGUGAUUUUUUUAUUUAAAUUUGAUAUGCUACGUUACUUUCUGUUUUUUGUUUCUUCAGUAUCGAUAUGUUUAUAGUAUUGUACUAUAUGAGUAAGUCAGCCAUUUUGAGCCAAGUUGUAAUGAGUGAGUUUCAAGUCUUUUGUGAAGAAGAACCAAAUCCUGAACUUUAGAAAUCAUCACUGUUUUAUGGACAUUUUCUACAUUUCUGAGUUGGCUAUAAAGCAGUACAGGGUCCAUGACUUUUCUGUAAGUGAUUCUAGUUAGUAGGAUUGAAUUAUUUGUCACUAAUCACCCCUUAUGCCAUUAACAAAUUAGUGCAUCAAACUUUCUACAAAUGA